AUGGAUAAUGGUUGGCAGAAUUAUGGCACAGAUGCAUUGAAGUCCUGUAACAAUAUGUACUGCUAUUAUGUGUAUCUGAAAAAAUUGUUGAUACAACUGCAAAUGAAUAUGUUUCGCAUUGCAUCCGGAUAUGGUAUUGCAAAACGACUCGGCAGAACCUUAUACUUCAAUACAAGUGCAAAAUACGAGCAAUCAGGAAAGGUACAUAAAAUGUUGGAACAUAUCCAGGACAUAUUCCCACGAUCGAUCGAAGCGUUCAAGUUGAUAAAAUCGGAAGUAAUUUUUGAAACGGUACCAUUUGCUGAUGAUGAACAGGGAAGAGAAACAUGUUGCAAGUAUGAAGAUCCUCUUAGAUACAUUAAUAACUCCGCGAAGUUUCUGGAAUUGAAUACCGCAUUAGUGCAAAAUCCACUAUAUUUUCAAGACGUUAUGCCAGAUAUACGUGAAAUGUUCAACUUCGGUGAAUGUGCAAUAGAAGCCGGGAUGAAGAAAGUUCGGAAAAUGAAAAUGAGGAACAAUUAUGCGAUUUGCGUGCAUACACGAAGAACGGAUUUCAAGCGGUUUGGAGCUGCUUCGGACCUGGUGCUUACUCUUUCUGCAACUCAACGAAUUGCAAAAGAAAAUAAUCUAACAGAAUACGUGAUCUUCGGAGACGACCAGGAUUUCAUGGGAAAAUUAGCUAAGGAACUACGGAAAAAUGGAAGCACAAAUGAUGAGAUCGUCCACAUAUCGCGGCACAGUGAACUGGAAGACUUCUUCAUUUCUUCACAAGUAUGCAAAGCUUUCCUAAUUUCCGCUCCUGUCUCGACAUUUGGUUGGUGGUUGGCGUUUUUUGCGCCAAAUCAGGAUUCCGUAUAUUAUAUGAACGACACCAACGCUCAUAUACUUUUCCGCAAACGAAUCACCAAAGAGUUGUUCUUACGGAAUUGGAAACUGUUGCAAGUGUAA